AUGGCAACCAUACUUCUAAAAAAGUUUCCAUCAAUACCUGCUAUUUCUUCUACUGAUGCCAGCUUCUUGAAUCAAGACGGGAUAAGCAUUGAAAUCCUGGGAAAUCAUUUGAAAGAAAAUUUACCAAACUUGCUUUCUUCUUUUGCAACCAUCAUGCCAUACUGGGUCAAAUCAUCAUUUUUCAACCCUGAGAUUAAAAGAAGCCGCUUAGAAAUCCAUGAUUACCAACAGGAUCAAACCAGCACAAAAUCUCUGCGAAAGAUGGAAAAUUGCAAACUUGUAGAUGAGGUUGAGCAAAAAUUGAGAAGUUUUGACGACUUUCUCAAAACUUCUGCUCAUGCCUUGAAACUUGGUCUUCAAAAAUAUCUUCAGUACUUUCUUUGCCCCCAGCCUGGGGACUGGCCUGCUCAAUUCUAUAUGAGGCAGGUUCAGUAUAACAUUCCUGAAAACUUUCCAUCUUGCUUGAAAAACAUUAUACCAAUGAUUGGUCCUCUGCAUAUUCAGCUGAAUGCGAGAGAAUGUGUUUGCUUUCUAAACAUUGACUUCUUUAAAACGUUCUAUUCCUUUAUUUGUGGGGAUGAAAAACAACUUGCAAACAAGCCAAAACCAUGGAGAAUUUCUUUGCUGUUAGAGAUACUUUAUGGUGGGUGGACACUCAUCAGAGAACAAGUAAUUGUCAUUUUCUCCAAUUGCAAAAGCAUAGAGUUCUUAACUCUCUUGAACAUCUUAGACAAUUACCUUCCACUUGUACUGUCUAUCUACUCAGUCAUCUUUAAAACUGGUAGAACCUCUGAGUACCUGCAUGCAGUGUUGAGGUAUUGGUUAAUGUUCUUUUGCUACAAAAGACAUCAUUAUAACAAAGCUCCUUUGGUCUGGCUAAGUAAUAUUCUGUUUUGGAAGGCUAAAAAUCAUCCACUUUUUCAAGCUCGUUUAAGCAGCCUCAAUGCUUUUGAUGAAUACCCAGUGGAGAACUCCCACUCUCUCUUAAGAUCACAAACAGUGCAAUCUGAUGAUGCUGAACUGAUCUCAAGAAAGGCCAAAGGAGUUGACAGCAACAAGACAACAUCAGCUAAAUUUUCAUCAGCAUUUGUGAGGCCAAAAAAAUUUAACUUCAGCAGUUCAAAACUCAAACAGCUGAAAAUCAAGGCAUCCAAAUUUAUUUUCAACAUUUUAAAAAGUAUAAAGGAACAGCCAAAUGCAGCAUCCCAAGUCAAUCGCCCAGCAAAUCGGCAAAAAGGCAUGACAUAUUGGAAACUGCCUCAUAUAUAUGGAGAAUCCAUUGUUUCAUCAAAAGUGCUACCAGUAGGAUUUCAGUUUGCAGGGAAGGAACCAAAUCCUUUAAGCAAAUGCGACUUAGCCGACUGUACACACCAAGAGACAGGAUCUGGCAUCAUAUUGUUCCAGACAUGUGGGCACUCCUUCCACACUGAAUGCUUGUCCGGUGAAGAGAAACGGGCAUGUACAGUUUGCAGUGAGGAGAUUCUCAAGGCCAUGAAGACCCUAGCCUCAACAGCGAAGGAAUCUAUCUUCAAUCCAGACAUCAAAGAAACUCCAACGUCGAAUGCGCACGAAGAUGAUGACAUUACCAAUGAUGAAAUUGUGGAAGAAGACAACCUGGACGCUGCAGAAUCGUGCCUACAAAUUCAACAAGAAAUUUGUAGCUGGGGCCUUAUAAAUGGUCCUAUUUGA